AUGACGCCUGCUAUCGUCUCCGACAUUGAGCUCCCAGCCAACGUUCCCGAAUCCAAGGAAACGCCUGCCUCAAAAGCAUCGACCUACAAGCUCUUCUCCCUUGAUAACAAGACAGUCGCAAUUACCGGCGGAGCCCGUGGUUUGGGUAUCACUCUAGCUAUUGCUGUUGUCGAAGCCGGCGGCAGCGUGGCUUGCCUCGAUAUUCUCGAGGAGCCGUCACCAGCUGAGUGGGCACAGCUCAACAAGAUUGCCACGGCUAACAAGGCCUCUGUAUCAUACCGAAAAUGCGAUGUCACAGAUGAGAACUCUGUCGAGACAUCAAUGAAGGAGAUCGCGGCUGAGGCCGACAAGGCUGGAGCUCCGUUCUGGGGAACCAUUGCUUGCGCUGGCAUUCAACAGCAGAUCGCUGCGUUUGACUACCCUGCUGCCGACUUCGAUCGCAUAUUGCGAGUCAACGUGACUGGAGUCUUCAAUACUUGCAAAUAUGCGGCACGCAUACUGCGGGAGAAGAACAGCCCAGGCAGCAUUGUCAUCAUUGGAAGCAUGUCAGGCAACAUUGCCAACCGAGGACUUUCUUGUACAGCAUACAACUCCAGCAAGGCUGCUGUUCAGCAGAUGUGUCGAUCGGUCGCUCAGGAAUGGGGUCAAUACGGCAUCAGAGUCAACACUCUGUCUCCCGGCUACAUCAGGACAGCCAUGACCGAUCAAUUGCUCCAAGAGAACCCUGAGGUUGAGAAGACGUGGAUGGCUGGCGCUCUACUGGGACGGUUGGGUGCUCCAGAGGACUUCAAGGCGCCCGCGGUGUUUUUACUGUCAGAGGGCGCGUCUUUUGUCCACGGUACAGAUCUGAGGGUUGAUGGAGGGCAUUGCGCCUCAGCAUAG